AUGAAGCAACACACCUCCCGCUACGCCGGUCUGACUGCCGCUCUCCAGCGCGUUGACUACAGCGGCAAAACAAUUCUCGUCACCGGCGGCGGCUUCGGCAUGGGCGUCGACAUGUGCCGCUCGUUUGCAGCUCGCAAAGCAGCCCAGAUUGUCAUUGUUGGCCGUAACGCGGCUCGUGUUCAGACUUCUGCCGCGGAGCUCGCCGAAGAGUAUCCCGAGACCAAGUUCACUCCCAUCGCUGCCGACAUCUCCUCCCAGGACGAUGUGAAGAGACUCUUUGCGUCCCUUGAUUCCUCACCCGCAGUGCUGGUGAACAAUGCGGGCUACAUGCCAGCUCCUACACCCUUCCUUGAAAUUGAUAUGGACGAUUGGUGGGCCGGCUACCAGAUAAAUGUGUAUGGCUCAGUCAACGUUUCCCUGGCCUACCUGCGGCACCGAGCUGCCCAGCCCUCCGUCGAUGGUCCCGGAGUCGUCAUCACGCUCAACACGAUAGCGGCAUACCACUUUCCUCUACCAGCUCUGAGCGCCUACGCCUCGAGCAAGGCCGCCCUCGCCCGCUGGUCCGAGUGUGUUUCCGUCGACGUCCCGGCUGAGACUGCUCGAUUCAUCUCCCUUCAUCCAGGCGCGGUCAUGACGUCAAUGGGAGAGAGGGCGGGUGUCAUUGACUCGCUUGUCGUGACUGAGGCAUCUCUCACAGGCGACUUUACGGCUUGGUUGGGCUCUGAGGAGGCAAGUUUCCUGGCUGGACGCUUCGUCUGGGCCAACUGGGACUGCGACGAGCUCCUUGCUCGCAAGCAGGAGAUUGUCGAAAAAGAAUUUUACAAGACUGCUCUAAAUGGUGCUGAGACUUUGCCCUGGAAAUAA